AUGUCUAAGAAUAAGAGCAGCGAGUCAGUGAAGGUGGUAGUUCGAUGCCGCCCUUUGAACAGGAGAGAGGAGUCCCAUGGGCCAGCAGGGGGCAUCGUACAGAUGGACCUGCGGCUCGGACAGGUGAUCAUCCGAAACCCUCGCGCGCCGCCCAGCGAACCCCAGAAAACAUUCACGUUCGACGCAGUUUAUGAUGCGAACUCUAAACAGCGUGACUUGUACGAUGAGAGUGUGCGACCGCUGAUAGAUUCGGUGCUCGCAGGGUUCAACGGUACCAUAUUUGCAUACGGGCAGACCGGGACAGGAAAGACGUACACCAUGCAGGGGGCGUGGAUGGACCCGGAGAAACGAGGAGUGAUACCCAACGCCUUUGAUCACAUCUUCACACACAUCUCCCGCUCACAGUCGGACAAGCAGUACCUGGUUCGGGCGUCCUACCUCGAGAUCUAUCGGGAGGAGGUCAGGGAUCUCCUGGAUCCCAAUCAUGGCAAUGCCCGGGCCCUGGAGCUCAGGGAGAAUCCUGACACCGGGGUGUACGUACAAGACCUCACGUCAUGCGUCUGCAAGAGCAUCAAAGAAAUCGAGGAGGUGAUGAACGUGGGCAACCAGGCGAGGGCGGUUGGGGCGACAGACAUGAACGAACAUUCUUCCAGGUCCCAUGCCUUGUUCCUGAUCACAGUGGAGUGCAGCCAGCCUGGACCAGAUGGGAGGAAACACAUCCGGGUUGGUCGCCUUAACCUGGUGGACCUGGCUGGCAGCGAGCGCCAGGCCAAGACAGGCGUCCAGGGAGAGCGCCUGAAGGAGGCUGCCAAGAUCAACCUUUCCCUGUCAGCUCUGGGGAAUGUGAUCUCAGCGUUGGCGGAUGGGCGUAGCAGCCACGUGCCAUACCGGGACUCCAAGCUGACCCGCCUUUUGCAGGACUCUUUGGGUGGGAAUGCUAAGACUGUCAUGGUGGCCACUCUAGGCCCGGCGCCCCAGCACUACGACGAGACCAUCACCACCCUCCGCUACGCCAAUCGAGCCAAGAACAUCCAGAACCAACCCAAAGUCAACGAGGACCCAAAAGACGCCCUGCUGCGUGAAUUCCAGAUGGAAAUCGCUCGCCUCAGGGCCCAGCUCAACCACAGGAAGUGGAGGAGCCAACAGAAGAAGGAGCUGGUGGACGGCGAGGGCUGGGAGAGAGAUGGGGAUGAAGAUACUGAGGGUGAAGAAGGGGAAGAGGUGGAGAAGGAGGCAGAGGAGUACGUGAAGCAGGAAGAGCAGCGGCUGGAGAGGGAGAAGGAGGCCAUCAGGGGAGAUCGUUCCCUGUUGGCUGAAGAUAAGCAGAGGCUUCUGGGGGAGAAGGAGAGGAUGAUGGGGGAUCUGAGGAAGGAGCAGGAAGCCGCCGAGCAGCUGACCGCCAGGUACAAGGCAAUGGAGAGCAAGCUUCUGGUCGGAGGAAAGAACAUCAUAGAUCACACCAAUGAGCAGCAGAAGAUGCUGGAGAUGAAAAGAAAUGAGAUUGCUGAGCAGUCAAGCAGGGAGAGGGAGAUGCAGCAGCAGAUGUUGGUCCAGGACGAUGAGACGCUGGAACUGAGGGAGACUUUCACUUCUCUGCAGCAGGAAGUGGAAGCCAAGACCAAGAAACUCAAGAAGUUGUACGCCAAGCUCCAGUGCAUUAAAGCGGAGAUCCAGGACGUUAACGACGAGCACGUGAGGAGCCGGCAGGAGCUGGAACAGACUCAGAACGAGCUCACCAGAGAGCUGAAAUUUAAGUAUCUGAUCAUAGAGAACUUCAUCCCUCCUGAGGAGAAGAACAAGAUCAUGAACAGACUGACGUUUGAUCCCGAGGAGGAUCAGUGGAAGUUUCAACCUCUCGUCCCUGCCGAAAGUAAAUCCAGGCAGAUGAAGAAAAGGCCGACAUCUGCAGUCGGAUACAAACGACCCAUCAGCCAGUACGCCAGGGUUGCCAUAGCGAUGGGAGCUCAUUCCAGAUACAGGGCGGAGAACAUCAUGUUUCUGGAGCUGGACAUGACUCCUCCAAACACCGCCUCUCUGGAUCGAUCAGCGGGGGCCGACCCCAACCAAAGUCCCUCUCUGGACAACUCCCCCACCAAGGACAGAGUCCGCAAGUCUCGCUCCUGGUGCCAGACUCCAAAAUCCAUCACUUCCUCCUCUUCCAAUGUUUCCUUGGCGGCGUGCCACACCGCCACGCCCGCAGCGGCGCAGUGAAACUUUGAAGCUUCUGCAAAUAAUUUUUUUAUUGUUAUUUAUUUACCAGAAUUCUUCUUUGUCUUUUUUCUCUUCUUCUUCUUCUUCUUCUUCUUCUUCCGGUGCUGGGACACAAAACACACAAUACCAACUCCUGAGAAAAUACAACAAGUACAUGAUCUCGUGACAGGAAACUAAAAGGACCAUACAAACCUCAUAGACUCUGUUAAACAAAUACUGACGAGACCCUUCGGACCCCUCUCCUUUAUCUGCAUGUAUGAGACAAAGAGCCUCGGAUCAUCCUCUUAACAUUCAAACAACUGGCUGCAGAGCAGUACUGCCCAGUGUGUGUGUAUGUGUGUGUGUGUGUGUGUGUACUGUACAUACAGGGCUGUGUGAUUGCCUCUUUGUGUUUCUAAUUGUGACCAGUGUGGAGCUGAAAGCUGCUUGAAUCCCAUGUAAGAUAUCUGUGUAUAUAUUUCAUGUUUUGGGUGUAAAAGAAGGGGGGAAGAUGGGUUAGAAAUGAAUUCUUUCAGACAGUUCAUGUCCAUGUGGACUUCUGGGUUUGAGACUAGUAGAAGAUAACGAUAUAACAUAUGAAGUGUACUGUUGUGGGUCAGAUGAGGUAGUUUGAAACCUGAAUGAAGACCUUUGUCGUACAUGUUGUCUCCCAUCAAUCAUCUGUCCCUCCAUCAUGUUGAAUUCAAAAGAAAUGCCUUAAAAAUAAUCAGAUUAAAACAAAGAUACUUAGGCAUGUAACACCUCCAAAAAGAUUUUCUGGACUUUGGAUACAACAACAAAAUGUGUCAAAUGGGAAUAUUUAGUCGUCUAUGAUAGUCAACUGAGUAUCUUUGGGUUGUGGACUGUUGGACAGGACAAAACAAGACAUUUGAGGAUGUUAUCUUUGGCUUUGGAAAACAGUGAUAGACAUUUUCCCCAUUUUUCUGACAUUUUGUAGGCCAGACAAUGAAUUUAGUUAAUCAAUAGGCCUGUCAGGAUACUUUUGUUGGACGAUAUAUUGUCUAAGAAAUAAC